AUGCCUUCCCCGAACUCAAUCCCCGAGACCGAACAGGGAGCCCAUUCCCAAGAAAGACCAACCCAAUCUACCCAAGAAGGUCAACAGAUGCAGUAUAAUCAAUCUCCCGAGGAAAGUCUGGAAGUCGGGAUUAAAGAUGCUGGAGUAGCGAAAGAAAUUGGUUGGGAUCGCCCAAACGAUCCGGAAAAUCCACGGGAUUGGUCCUUGUUCAAGAGGUGGUAUCAUACACUUGUCCCAGCGCUACUAAACUUCGCCGUGUACAUUACCUCCCCCCAUACCUCCUUAUCUACCAAAUUUAUACUGACAGGAGCCGAGUAACUUAGAACAUACGGGACCUCAACCUACACCCCGGGAGUGACCCAGAUAAUGGCACAUUUCCAGAUCUCGAGAACGGCAGCCUUUCUUCCGCUCUCCCUCUACAGCCUUGGCCUAGCCUUCGGGCCCGUUCUCGGCGCACCAAUCUCAGAAACCCACGGCCGUAAAGCAGUCUACCUUGGCACGUUUCCCAUAUUACUCCUCUUCUCCGUUGGUGCGGCGCUAUCUCAGAACUUCGGCACACUCCUUGUCUGCCGCUUCUUCGCGGGGGCCUUCGGAAGCCCCACUCUUGCCGUCAGCGCAGGCACGAUCGCGGACAUAUGGGAUCUGACAGAGGGUGGGGCAUCAAUGGCUUCUGCGGUUGUGAUAUUGGCACCAUUCACAGGGCCCAUAAUAGGACCCUUGGUCGGCGGGUACACCAUUUUGGAUAAAGACUGGAGAUGGCUGAUGUGGGACGUCGUCUUUGUCGGGGGGCCAAUCUACCUCCUCACAUUUUUCACACAAGAGACAUACAAGAAAACGAUCCUUGCGCGUCGGGCGAGAGCGCGCGGAAUCCCACUACCACCAGGGCCUUCCGGUGCUGAGGGGGUUAAGUUGGUUCUCACAGUGACUUUGUUCAGACCAAUACACAUGCUCUUCACCGAACCGAUUGUGGCGGCAAUAUCAUUGUAUAUUGCCUUCGUAUUUGGCGUAUUGUUCGAAUUCUUCGCUAGCUAUCCCUACGCAUUUGGAAAAGUGUACUCUUUCAACAGCGGCGAGGUCGGACUGGCUUUUCUAGGGCUCUUAGUCGGAUUGCUUGCUUCUGUCGCAACCUUCGAAAUAUGCAAUAAGACGCUAUACAGGACUGCCCUGAGAGAAGCGAAGCUUCGAGGCGGUAGGGCGGCGCCGGAGCACAGGCUCUAUGCAAGUAUGCUGGGAUCGCUCGGAAUUCCCAUAUCGUUAUUUUGGUUCUCCUGGUCCAUACGAAAAGACGUACAUUGGAUAUCGCCAAUCCUUGCGGGGAUACCAUUCGGUUGGGGGAAUCUCUGUCUUUUUGUAUGUUUUUCCUCUCCUCCCACCCCCGAAACAAACUAACGAGCGUGGUGCAGUUGGGGACGACAAACUACCUAAUCGAGCUCUAUCAAGACCUGAACGGCGCCUCCGCUAUGGCGGCAAAUGGUCUUCUGAGAUAUACUUUCGGUGCGGUAUUCCCGUUGUUUGCACUGCCGAUGUACGAAGCUUUGGGGAUCCAGUGGGCGGGGAGUUUGUUGGGGUUCAUCAGCCUCUUGCUAUUACCGGUGCCAUGGGUUCUGUUCAAAUGGGGGGAUAUGAUUCGGGCGAAGAGCCAUUAUCCGGUGGCUAAGUUUUGA